GGAGCCCCAGGGGCCCCUAGCUCGGCUCUCCACCCUGAAGACAAGCAGAACAUCUAAAUACAAACAGAAGACCGCAUAAAGUCACCGAGCAUUUGACAGAUAUCUCCUCCAACUUGGAGCCAAACCCGACUUGCACCGUCACGUAAAGUUAAGUUUACUUAAAAAGCAGAGCGGUGGAGGCUUCAGUGCAGAGACAGACACUGCACACACUGUAAUGGGCGAGUGCGCGUUUCAGAUAUUUAGUCAGCCACCCGACGAAUGCAUCUACGAAAUCCUCCGGUCGUGACAUUUCUACGUACACAAGGUGCGAAUCCUGUACGUUAAAACGUGCACAGCGCAGGUAUGGAUGAAGCGGUGUCGGUGCACAAAGCUGAGCAGACAGAAUCGCGCUCAUUAAUAAUAAAAGCCGAGGAAGAGGAGGCGACAUCGCAGCGGGGGCUCUUGGGGGACCUCUCGGCAGGUGAAGAGGAAGUGACCAAUGGCCUCAAAUCUGAUGACAUCCAGGAUGGUCCCGUCUGCUCUCCAGGCACCAGUUACUGGUGUGUCUCGGAGAGCACAGACUCCCCUUUCCUUCUCAAUCCCCUCCCAGGACCAUCAACACAGGAAGCCCCUCCAUUGAAGAACACUCCUGGCCGGGACCACCGUCGCUACUAUCACGAGUACUGGCGCAGCGAAUACCUCAUGGACUUCGACCCACAGAGACAAGGCAUGAUCUGCAUGGUGUGUGGAAGUUCACUGGCGACGCUAAAGCUGAGCACCAUCAAGAGGCACAUUAAACAGAAGCAUCCGUAUUCACUGCUCUGGACCGAGUCAGAUAAGGACGUGAUCCGGUCGGGAUGGGAGAAUCAUCUGAAUCGGGAGAACAGCCAGAAGAGGCCAUUAUGCACCGAUCCAGAGGUUCUUCCAGAGGCCGAGGAGAUUCUGGAUGUGGACAGGCACUCCACAGAUAAGCCUACUGGUGCCACCUCUCCAGACCUCCAGGCUCAGUCUGGUCUCAGCAGGGUCUCUCCAUCUCCUCCGGCUCCCUCAGUGCAGGAGCUCAGCCCGGGCCCCACAGCUCAGGUGAUGGAGCGCUACCUGAACGAUUCGCUGCACGCCUGGUUCCGGCAGGAGUUCCUGAUGGAGUACCAGGCAGAGCAGGGCCGUCUCGUGUGCAUGGUGUGCAGCUGCCUGUUGCCUUCACUGCACCUGGAUCACAUCAAAAGCCACAUGCUGGAGCUGCACCCCAACUCUCUGCUGUACAGCGCUGAGGAAAAACACGCCAUCCUGCAGACCUGGGCCAAGAUGCACAGUGAAGAAUCCCACCCUUUACAACCGCAAAUCAAGUUGGAACAAAAUACCAAAGAAAUAAACUUGGACAGUUCAGCCUCAUUUCACUCUCCAAUCAUGGAUCCUGUUCAGGGAAACUUGGAGAGUUACACAAGAGGAGACGAGAAUCCACCAGACACUGUUCAGAGACCCUCAUCUUUACCUUAUUACCCCCGAAAGAGAAGGCUGAAGUACGGCAGCCCCUGGCACCUCCGGCUAGAUUAUUUAGUGGCAUACGGCCCUCCAGAAAACCCUCUGUGCUACUGUAUGGUGUGCUCUGAACACCUGCCUGUGCCGAGGGUCACAAACUUCCGCAAACACAUUCAGGAGUGUCAUCCGGAGACCAGCAGCCUGAGUCGGAGCGAGAGAGAUGCUGUGGUCAGUGCCUGGAUUAAGGAGGAGAACAUCGACAGAGCCACGCCAAAAGAAGAUGAUCCACAGAGUGUCCCAAUCACCACAGAACCGCAAGAUUCGCCUGUGAAAACUAUAGAGCAAGGUGGUGAAGCAGAAGAUAAUAACAGCACACAGAUCACACCUCAAACACAAACAGCAGGGCGGCACAGACACUACCCCGGGAAAGACCAACGGCGCAACUACCAGCCACGAUGGAAGAUGGACUUUUUGAUGGACUACGACUGCAGGAAACAUGGAUUGAUUUGCAUGGUGUGCGGCGCGACGCUCGCUACACUAAAGGUUAGCACUAUCAAGAGACACAUCCUACAAGUUCACCCUCACUCGCUAGACUACAGUCCCGAGGAGAGGCAGCUCGUCCUGCUCUGCUACAACCAGAUCUCUGCGCACUUUCAUUCGGACGACUGCUUUUCCGGUUCAAACCACGGCCAUAAAGAGAACACUAACGAUAACACUAACGAUAACGCUUUAGUUCAAGCCGAAUGCACUUCGAGCCAGAGCACUUAAUUGAAAAACAAGAGGAUGUGUUUUUGACAUCCUGUUUUAUUUUUGGCUUUUGUUCACUCAGGAAGUUUGCUGCGGGGUAAAAAAUAGUACU